AUGGACGGGUUACAAAAUUGGGCUAAGCAGGAGUUGCAACGUCGACAAGUCACUGAUAUAGACCAAGCCAUAGUGGAGGUUGAAUCAUUGAUGUAUUUCAGGCAUGACAAGCACGACAAAGGCAAUGACAAGGAGUCAAAGGUUAGCAAUGUCAAAGGUGGGGGAAACCGUGGCAAAGGCAAUGAGAUACAACAACAAUACUCCAAGACUCAAGAUUUCAAAAAGUCGAGUGGCUGUCAGGGCUACGCCGAGAACAAGGCACAGGUCGAGAAGACGGGAUGCUAUAUAUGCGGAGGGCCACAUGGCUUCAGGAAUUGUACUGACCUCAAGAGCCUCAGUGCCAUGGUAUGUGAGCGGAGGGAGCAGCCACAAGGAGAGAGUCAGGGAACUGCACAGUUGGGUAUGAUCGGAUUAUGCGGUGCUGUCACGAAGCAAGCUAUCCAACCUACCGAGAAUGGCAAUCAUGGAUACUCAGCAAAGGCCGUACCAUUGACUGAGUUGCUAAAGAAGAACAAGCCAUGGGUUUGGACGGAGCAUUGUCAAAAGGCGUUUGAAUGCCUUAAGGCAGCUGUAACAGAGGAGCCAGUCUUGGCAUUACCUGACUUUGCCAAGACAUUUGAGGUUCACACAGAUGCCUCAGACUUCGCCAUUGGGGGUGUCCUGAUGCAGGAUAAGCAUCCCAUAGCAUUUGAGAGUCGUAAGUUAAAUGAGACGAAGCAGCAUUACACGGUGCAAAAGAAGGAAAUUACUGCCAUUGUGCAUUGCCUUCGUACAUGGAGACAUUAUCUUCUAGGGUUGAGGUUCGUGGUCAAGACUGAUAAUGUGGCUACUAACUACUUUCAGACAUAG